AUGUCUCAUCUAAAUGGGGCAUUUAGCAGGCUUUCUUCUUUCAUAAUCAUCGGAGCUUGGGUUGGAACAAGGCGUGGUGAUAACAAAAUCUAUCUAUCUAUCUAUCUGUCGAUGUCUAUUCACUAUCUAUAUAUGUCUAUUCGCUCUCUCUCUCUCUCUCUCUCUCUCUCUCUCUCUAUCUAUCUAUCUAUCUCUAUAUAUAAAUGUGGCCGUGACAGUUUGGGAGGAGCAAAGAAGAUAAUGCAUUUUAACAUGUGGUGUGCCUGUCGAAGACAAAACUCCGUCAUACCGACUUCACUAUCUAUCUAUCUAUCUAUCUAUCUAUCUAUCUAUCUAUCUAUCUCUAUUCACUAUCUAUAUAUGUCUAUUCGCUAUCUAUCUAUCUAUCUAUCUAUCUAUCUAUCUAUCUAUCUAUCUAAGUCUAUUCACUGUCUAUUCACUAUCUAUCUAUCUAUCUAUCUAUCUAUCUAUCUAUCUAUCUCUAUUCACUAUCUAUAUAUGUCUAUUCGCUCUCGAUCUAUCUAUCUAUCUAUCUAUCUAUCUAUCUAUCUAUCUAUCUAUCUAUCUAUCUAUCUAUCUAUCUAUCCAAGUCUAUUCACUCUCUAUUCACUAUCUAUCUAUCUAUCUAUCUAUCUAUCUAUCUAUCUAUCUAUCUAUCUAUCUAAGUCUAUUCACGGUCUAUUCACUAUCUAUCUAUCUAUCUAUCUAUCUAUCUAUCUAUCUCUAUUCACUAUCUAUAUAUGUCUAUUCACUUUCGAUAUAUCUAUCUAUCUAUCUAUCUAUUCACUAUCUCUCUCUCUCUCUCUCUAUCUGUCUGUCUGUCUAUCUAUCUAUCUUUAUUAUUCAUCCAACAUUCUUUCUUUAUUACUCUAA